UGAAAGCUUAAACACUCCAUCAAUACGUUGUGAACUCUGAUAGUUACCUCCCCUUUCCCAAAUGUUGCAUGUGGCAGUCCCCCACGUGUAAUGUGUGUAAGUGUAAGUUAUCUCUGUGGUUGACAUUUCUCGUGGUUACUCCGCCAUUCAUAUCAGUUGGUAAGUGGGCUUUUUGUUACAACAAAUAUGGAGAAUAGUUUUGAAAUUUAAAAAAAAAAUUAAAUUAACAAAUGUGGGUCAUUCAUGACGGGGACUUCCACAUUUAAAAUAAAAUAUAAACGUGAAUAGAAUUCAUUCUAAAACCCUUUUUAAUAAUGUGAUAUGUCAGAGUGUAUGGCUUCGAUAGGUCAGACUGUAUGUUAUUGAGAAACGCAAGAAUAAGAAUUAAGAAAGAUGGAAAAUCAGUUCAAAAAUAUGUUUCUACGAAAUCUUAGAUUAAUUGUGUAGUCCUCUACGACAUUUAAGUUUGUGUAGUCCUCUACGACAUAUUAGCUAGUGUAGUCCUCUACGACAUUUAAGUUUAUGUAGUCCUCUACGACAUAUUAGCUAGUGUAGUCCUCUACGACAUUUAAGUUUGAAAAUAUAGUAAUACUCACAUGCUUGGGGAAGAAUUUAAUGCUAUGAAAUAUUAGAAUUAUAAUGUAAUGCUAUGAAAUAUUAGAAUUAGAAUGUAAUGCUAAAAGAACAAUUUGUUUAAUUAGUCUUUUUAUAUAUAUAUUUUUUUAGAUUUAACCGUAGAAAUGUAUAAUAAGAAUAAAUUAGCAUCUAAGAUAAGAAGAGGUCAAAUGAACAACUGAUCAAAUGAUAGACCAAGUAACAUAACAUAAACAGGGUUAGGGUUAGGGUUAGCCUAACAGCAAGUAAUGUAACAUAAACAGGGUUAGAGUUAGGGUUAGCCUAACAGCAAGUAAUAUAACAUAAACAGGGUUAGGGUUAGGGUUAGCCUAACAGCAAGUAAUAUAACAUAAACAGGGUUUGAGUUAGGGUUAGCUUAACAGCAAGUAAUAUAACAUAAACAGGGUUAGGGUUAGGGUUAGCCUAACACCAAGUAAUAUAACAUAAACAGGGUUAGGGUUAGCCUAACACCAAGUAAUGUAACAAAAACGAUGACCUGGUUUUGCCACAAACAACUCCCCCCCCCCCUACAUAAUAACAAACAAAAAAUAAAAUGAAAAUUACAAAAUUAAAAACCAAGUCGUCCUGGUAUUACUGAUAACACUGGCAAGGUCAUCAAGGCCAUCCGUAUUGUAAACAUUAGAAAACACUGCUUAUCCUGUUAUCUUGGUCUCUUUGCACUCUUGACUUUGUCAUUAAAUCAAGUCAAUGGGCAGAAUUGUUCGUAUUACACAAUAAUAAGAGUUUUAGCUAAUCAACUGCUGGAAACAUUCUGUACAAUUGCAUUAAUGUUUCUAUGAAGCUUUAGCUCAACCUAAGAAGAGGGAGUGGUAGGGCCUUCAGGGCCUAGGAGAGUAAAAGUUGCGAUUGCAAGGCUAGGGGAGUAGAAAUGGAGAUUGCAAGGCUAGGAGAGAAGAGGUGAUUGCAAGGCUAGGAAAAUAGAAGUAUUAGAAGUGGUGAUUGAAAGGGUAGGAGAGUAGAAGUGGUGAUUGUUAGGCUUGUAAAGUAGAAGUGGUGAUUGCUAGGCUUGUAAAGUAGAAGUGGUGAUUGCAAGACUAUAGGAGAAUAGAAGUGAUUGCUAGGCUAGGAGAAUAGAAGUGGUGAUUGGAAGGCUAGGAGAGAGGAGGUGAUUGCAAGGCUAUGAAAAUAGAAGUAUUAGAAGUGGUGAUUGCAAGAGUAGAAGAGUAGAAGUGGUGAUUGCUAAGCUUGUAAAGUAGAAGUGGUGAUUGCAAGGCUUGUAAAGUAGAAGAGGUGAUUGCUAGGCUUGUAAAGUAGAAGAGGUGAUUGCAAGGCUAGAAAAAUAGAAGUGGUGAUUGCAAGGCUUGGGGAGAAGAAGUGGAGAUUGCAAGGAUAGGAGAGUAGAAAUGGUGAAUACAAGGCUAGUAGAGUAGAAGUGGUGAUUACUAGGCUGAGAGAGUAGAUGUACACUAUGUAAUGACAGGUUUCAUCAGCUACUACACUAUGUAAUGACAGGUUUCAUCAGCUACUACACUAUGUAAUGACAGGUUUCAUCAGCUACUACACUAUGUAAUGACAGGUUUCAUCAGCUACUACACUAUGUAAUGACAGGUUUCAUCAGCUAUGACAGGUUACUGCAGCCUGCUAACCGCUUCCAUGCAGUAUCAACCGGUUACAUCGUUAGGAUUACUCACUUUGAAGAAGAAGAAUUGAGCUGCAUUGUUAAAAUGUAAUAUUCGAUUGUUGUUAUUUCUUUCUAAUUCUAGUAGACAGCUUAAUGCUAAUGGAGAGCAUGUUAAUAAUGAAACGGCUAAUUAUUCUGUUGCUGGCGCAUCACCUCCCUGUUUUGGAAGCUAAGAUUGGCUUUGUCAAAGAUCUGUCCAUGGAUGCUCAAUUUCCUGGCCCAGUUUACAGACAGGCUGCAUCACUUCCUGAGGGCCACAUGAGACCACUUGGUCAGUUUAUUUUAGGGAUAAUCAUUAUUAGACAUUGCAGUUACUGGUAUAUUGCAUGCAAGUAAUAGACCAGAUAGAAAAUAUAUGGAAAAUAAAUUAAUAACAAUUUUGUUACGUUGGCGGUUUAAACCAAAUUCACAAUUUUACAUAGCUGCAAUAUCUUUUUCCUGUUUAGUUUUUAAAUUUUACUUGGACCCACUUUAUUUCCGUUCUGCUGAGCUUUGUUUUUUUGUUGGGAACUUGUGCCCAUUCUCAUUCUUUUCUUUCAUUUUUAGUUGGGAUACAUUUAAUAUAUAUAUAUUAUGGAAAUUUAAUUUAUGUUUAUAUGAAUGUUUUUUUGUUGUUGUACUGAAGAAGGUAUUUGCCUAAACGUCUGUAUGGUAAUCUCUAAUUAAUAAAGUUAAUAAAUUAUUAUUUUUUUUUAAAGGCAAACUAGUUUAAUCCAUAUAUAAAGUAUAAUAAAGCAAUUCAGACGAAUAAUAACUGGAUACGCAUUAACUUUAACAAGUCUUAACUUAAUUAAGUAAGUAAUAAGACUAUGAUUCUAUGAUAGUAUGACUAUUAAUGAGAAAUAAACCUAAAGAAUAAAGUAAAGAGUAAUAUUUUAUUUGGGAUGAAAUCAGGUAGGGUAGGCCUAAUUAUCAUUAAUUACGGUAAUGGAGGGCAUUAAGUGAGUUAAGCACCAUGUUUUCAAGAACUUUUUGUAUUCUCUUUGAAAUAAAUGAAUAUUAUAAAGGUAAUUUACCACUUGAGCGUCGCCAAGAAAAAAUCCAGCUGUUCCGGUUUGAAGGGCUAUUUAAACAAUUAAUCUUAUCUUGUUUUUACGACGUUGUACAUAUUCAUUCCAGCACAUAUACAGUAGAACAAAUAACACAAGACAAUUUAAAAAAAUAGAAAAUGUAAAACAAUUUAAUUUUUUAAAAAAAGUAAAAUAGAAGAAAUCAAACAAUGUAAUGUCAAUGUGUAAAAAUGACAUUGACAUUAUGCAUAGUUCUCCCCCAAAUGAUAUUUUCAAGAACUUCAUUCUCGCCUGACCUUGGGGGAGAACUAUGCAUUCAUAAUGUCAUUUUUACACAUUACAUUGUUUGAUAUCUUUCUUGAAGUACAAAAGCUUUAAUGAGCAAAAUUUAAAGCCAUAUAGUAUGAUAUAGUGAAAAAAAGGUUAAAAAGUUAAAACUAAUUAUGACUUAAAUUUAACAAAAUGGGGGCAAUUAGCUCCAGCAUUUUCAAUGAGGAAUCAAUGCAUAUAUUUUCACAUAGGUUGUAGGCAAUUCUGACAGAUCAAUUCCAUGGCUUCUAUAUCAGAUUUUUUGGGGAUUUCAUUAUCAAAACUAUAUUUAAAAUUUUUUUAAACCUAUUUCUACAAAUUAAUAGCUUUUGUUUUCAAUUUAAACUCUAUCUGUCAUAAUCUGUUUAAUGCUAUUUGAAUUAAAACAUGGAUUUUAUUAAUCUGAUCAAUAUUAUUUGGUUGUUUUAAUCAUCUUUUAACAGUUUUGGGUGUUAAGCCCCUGCUAUUUAAAAUAUUCAUUUUUAUAAACUAAUUAAAUAAAUAAAUAAUCUACAGAACCAUAUCUCUUUUACAAAUGCUACCUAUUCAAAAUAUUAGAAGGAACUUUAGUAUUAAAGUGAAUUUUAGAUCUUUUUAUAAACAAUCUCUAAAUCAUUCAUCCAACUGCCAUUUUACGUUGCAAAAAUAACCAGCUUCAUUUGCUCUACAAAUAUCAGUAUUUUAACUCAUUCAUGACAUACACAUAUAGUUAAAAACUAAAAAGAAGUACUUGCUGAAUUUAGUUGUACUUUUUUUUGUAUGUAAACUAAAAAUCUUUCAUUGUAGAAAUAAAAUUUCAAGUAAAAAUAAACAAGCACCCUCUUAGCUGAAGUUUUGCAAAGGGUUUGAAGAAGACUGAAAACUAGAGGGGAAAAGCACUCAUCUAAAAAGGCAAAUUAAAAAUCAAUCCCAUAGGUUAGAAACCCAAGAAUGGUUGUGAAAAGUUCUCUGAUUGGUUAGUAAGUUUCUGUCAACUAAAGCUUAAUGCCUUUCUCUCUUCUUACAAUAAUAUCAAGCAUUUUAUCAUAUGAACUGAGCAAUUAGGGCUUAAUACCCCAUGGAGCCAAUUACCUCCCUUUACCCUUUACCAGGAAAUCAAUUGUCAAUAGCCAUACCAAAAUAUAGACGAAAAAGAAAAGAGAAAAUUUUAUUAUUAAAACCAUCUAUUUCCAGGUUGGCAGCGUAGACCUGACGGUCCUAUAACUGAAGAACCAGAGAUGCCUGCCACGAAAGAGUUCUUUGAAAAUUAUGUAAGCUCCGACAAGCCAGGGGUGUUUCGAAAUGCUGUUAGCAAUGCACCUGCCUUUACCACCUGGCAAGAUGACAAGUAUUUAACGGAGAAGUGAGUAUCAGUCGACUAAUAUUUAACUGAGAGAGAAUGCAGUACCAAUAUUUUGUAUUCUUAGAGUUAGAAAAAGAUUAAUUUAAAAUUAGGGAAUUAAUUAAAUUUUUUGCUUACUUUUAAAAUAAAAGUAUCAAUAAGAAUAGUUGCAAAGAUGCUAUAAAAUAUUCAUAUUUAAAUAGGUAUGGGGAUCUAAAGAUGGCAGUGCGUGUGAAAGUAGCCAGAAGAAGAGACAAAAUUGAAAGCACUGUGCAAAUAAUGAAAUUUAAGAAAUUUCUUUAUGACUACAUGUAUGAUGAGCUGUAUUUGGCAAGUGUCAUACCACGAGCCAUGAUGGAUGAACUACCGGUUAGUAGACCAUUUAAUUUGCAAAUUUCAUGUUUUUUUCAUAAAAUAAGUUUGCCAUUCUGUAGAUCAGGCCUGCGCAACUCAAACGGUGAUGAGUGCAAUAUUAAAUAUGGAAAAAAAUUGUAUGGGGCAGCAAGAAAAAAGGGGGAGAGCUAAAAGAAAUUAUGAAAAAAUAUUUAAAAAAUACUUUUUCCAGCAUAAUCGAGAAAAUUAAUUAUUUUAAAAAUUAAAUUUAUGUUUACUUUCCAUUCGUAUAUGUCCUCUUUGUUAUUUUAUUAAAAUUUUUAAAUCUAAAACUUAGAGAAUAUUAUUUUUAAAUUAUAAUAUCAUGCCCAUUCACUAACGUUAAAGGCUUUGGAGGCCACAGAGUAAACACUGGUUGGCCUCAUGCCACCCUCAAGCCAUAUGUUGUGUAGGCCUGUUGUAGGACGUAUAAAGACAACAGAUAAUCAACAAGCCAAUGAAUUCAACUUAUUGCCUUCCAUUGGCAUAUAUAAAAUGGCAUAUGUAAAAUAUUUUGAUUAAAUCCUGUAAAAAUUUAUCUUCUAUUUUUCAUAUUUAUUAAGUGAAUGAAAAUGACCUUUAUUGUGUGCACUGAUUUAUAGAUAAAGUGCUUGACUUGUAACAUUUGUUAAGAGAAGGUGUAUAUCAAAUGUAGCUGGUGCUAGACUUGUAACCUUUAUUAAGAGAAGGUGAGCUUUAAAUAUCAAUUAAACAGUGGAAACUUGUCACUAAGGAAAUUAAAUUUGCUAGGACAUCUAAUCUAUUUAUUUUUUGUGAUUUAUUUUUAUUAACCUUGUCUUUUGAGAUUAAAUUAAAUUUAGAAUCUAUAUUUCACUAUCUAAAAAAAAAAGCAGCAUCUAAAUAAAAAUAAUAUCUGGCAAUAAUUAUGUGGGGCAUGUAUUUUCUGCAGCUGCCUAAGUGUAUACGGUGUGGAACAAUAAGUGAACGCUACCACUCUGCUCAACUUUGGAUGUCCAGUGGUGGAACGUCCAGCAGAAUACAUAGCCAUGAUAACCAUCUUCUACACUGUGUGCUAUUUGGGCGAAGAGAUUUUAUUCUUAUUGAAGGGAAGCAUAAGAAAUCUUUUGACUUUGAUGAUGAGGUAAGCAAGUAAUUGACAAGACUUGCCAUAACUCAGUUUGCUUGCUAUUUGUUCAUAAAAAAUUUUUUUCCAUGUUCAGUUUUUAUAAUUUAUUCACUGUAGAGCAUACAAUCAGGAUGAACUUUUUUAUAAGAUUGUCUCAAAAGAAUACAGUACAGUGUUUCAACUUUAUUGUGAAUUUGUACUGAAUUUAUUUCUUAAAUUGAUUCAUUUUCUUCAUAUUAAAUACUUAUAAAAUAAUUAUGCCAUGCCAUGUCAUUGAAAAGUGAACAAUUUAUUAAAAACUAAUCAUCCUUUUUUUUACAUGGAUUAUUAGUUUGUAGGUUCUUUGGGAGGUCACUCAGAUAUAAACACAGAAAUGAUUAAUGCCUUUACAUACAAGAACAUUGCACGUGUUCCUUGGAUAUGGUCAACACUCUAUCCUGGAGACUGUAUCUACGUGCCUGCUGGUAUGUUCACCAUAGGUUUUUAACUUCAGGCUACUUGUACAUGAUUUAUAACAGGUGCUCAAGAUAACAAUUUCAUUUUGUAUUCAACAAUUGCCACAUUUUUUAACUCUUUGAAUGUUGUGCCCAUCAGCUCAUCAGAUGUUGACUCUUUAAUGCAGUAGGAAGUUGAUCAGCAAUGCUUUCCAAGUAGUUGAAACAAACAGAUAGAAGUUAUCAUUCAUGAAGUUAAAUCAAAGCUGUUACAAAUCUGAAUGGCUACACCAAGAUGGGCACUGAAUUAAUAUACUUUUUGAAAUCUAGUUCUACUUUACAGUCUGCUAAUGUAGAUUUCAAGAAAUUAUUUAUUUUGAAAAAGUUAUACUUACUUCUUGAUUAUGAAAUUGUCACUUUUUUAAAAAGGAUUUUACUAGAAAUUGCUCUGAAAUUUUAUUUAUAUUACAUUUUUAACAUGAAUUACACAUCAAUUCUACCCUUAGAAAAUCACCUUAAUAUUUUAAAAACACAAAUUCCUUAACUAACUAAUGAUUGCCAUAUUCAGUUUGUAUUCUUGUAAUCACCAUACAUGGUAUGCUUUCCAAUGAAACUUUUAUUAAUGGUAGCAAUGUGGGUUGUGUACAUUUUAAUAAUUUAUGGGGGAAUUUUAUUCUUAGUAACUUGUCAUAUUUAAACCAAAAAUAUAACAAAAUAUUCUUGUUAUAUUUUUCCAUUUUAUGUAUAAUAAUUUUACACUAAAAAUAAAUUACUAAUUUCUAUAGCCUCGUGUUAACAACCAUAUCAAGUUUUAUUUAAUAAUUAAACUGUAUUUAAAGGGAAAUAAUUAGACUGUAUUUAAAGGAAAAUAAUUGCUGAACUUUAUAUAUUAACUUUGAAAUUAAUUAUUUCCUUGAAUUGGCUACAUAAAAAGUCGGGUUGAACUGCACGAGGCUCAUCUGGGAAUAUCUUAUAAUGUCAUUGCUCAAAAUAUUUCAUUGAUGAAAAACCAAAGAUAAAUGCAAAUUUUCAAUUUGAGCAAUCAAUAGAGCCUGCUCUCAAUGUAAUGCAAAAAUCUAAACCAAUCAUUUCAAUCUUUAUAAAUUAAAAAUAACUGAUUCCAUUUAAACAUGUUUGUAGGCUACAUUCAUCAAGUUCGAUCCCAUGGCAGAAGUAUUUCUCUGACCAUUGAGUUUAUUCCCUUUGAUCGCUUUGAUGACAAUGGCUGCACCUUGAUAGAAGAAGAAUUUAUACCAUUGUCUGAGGGGUCUUUCCUUCUAUCAUUUGAAGAUGGGAGAUUGGUAAGAUUAUAGGGCAGUUAACAACAAUAGGAACCGGCUACGAUUUUAAAUUUUCAGAUAAAGAGUAAGAAAAAAUAAAAAUGAUUUUCUUUGACAGAAAAAAAAUGAACAGAAAAUCUUUGAGACAAAAUCAAAACAGUAAGAGUAAAAAGCUAUCCAAGUUAUCCAAGAUUAAUUAUUUUUUUAAAGUCCAUAAUUUAUAUACUACUUUGAGAAAAGUUUUCGUUCUGUAGAUCCUAGAAGGAAUCUUAGAUUUGUAUUAGUACUAGAUAUGCAUUGAGUAAAAAAUAACAACAUACCCUUAAAUUUUGUUUCAUAUUAAUAUGUAAUUUUGUAUUUUAAAUUUCAAAAUGUUCAAUUUUACUAAGUCUUCUAAUUACUGUACUUUAGGGACUAUAAGACACACUUUUUUCUUCGAAAAAUUGCCUCCAAAAUUCAGAUGCGUCUUAUUGUCAAUAUUAAUAUAAAUGGUAAAAAUAACUAAAAAUGUUAUUUUAAAAAAAUAAUAAAUUGCUUCAAAAUUAAGGUGCGUCUUAUAGUCCAUAGCAUCUUAUAGUCUGUAAAAUAUGGUAAGUUUGAAUUGUGUAAAAAUUAUUUAAUUCAUUUUGUAUGUUAAAUUCACAUGAAAUUAUUGUUAAAGUAAACAUAUUUAUAGUUAUAUAUUUUUAAAUCAUUUUAUUUUGUCAGCAUUUGACAGAGACAAACUGGAAUGAAGAAGAUGUACGACAGCUGUUGAUUCUGCUGAUGGGGAAAACAGAUUCUUUAACAGUUUACAAAUUUGAAAAUUUUUAUAAAGACAUUCUUGGAGAGGUGAAAAAAAUUUUUUAUUGUAAUAUUGAAUGUCUGUCUGUGUAAUGGUUACAACAAAUAAUUUCAGUUUAUUUUACAUAUUUCUACACACUUACAGAUAUUCCUACUAAUGUCCAUAUAUCCCUAAAUAGUCCUACUUAUCCUUGUAUACUCCUGAUUAUGUAGAUAGAUACCCUUACAUUUCCCUAAAUACUCUUACAUAUUCUCCUAUACAUCUACAUAUUACAGAGUAAUCGAACAUAUUCUUGAAAAUCUACUCAACUAUACUCAACUACCUAUUUUUAAAUGCUCCUGAAUAUUGCUACCUAAAUAUUCCUACUAUUAAUUAGUAAAAAGAAUAUGAUUAUUUACAUAUUUCUCCAUGUUUUUGCAUGCUUUUACCUACAUACUCCUCUAUGUUUGUUCCUAUUGCUUCUUACCCACCAAUUUCUUUCUACUUAUUUCUACAAGUAUCUUCAUAUUUGUAAUAAUUUGACAAAGAUAAUAUUUAAUAAUGUAACUAUAAAUGCUAGUUAUAAACUGGUCUAAUCUGACAAAGGUAAUAAUGUAACUAGAAAUGCUAGUUAUAAACUGGUCUAAUCUGACAAAGAUAAUAAUGUAACUAUAAUGGCUGGUUAUUAAGUGGUCUAUGCUCAAGUUAUAAUUGAAAUUAGUAAGAAUGUUCUUGCUUUCAAAAUGUCAAUUCAAAUUAUAUUUAAUCAAUGGAGACAUGUAAACUGUAGGCACUACAUCAUGACCUAAUGACAAAAUGAAUCAAAUGAAUUAUAGUUGAAACAUUUUAUUGAACAUUUUAAAAAAAUUAUUGAAUAUACUGUGUCUGCAAUAAGUCAUUUCUUAAUAUGCCUUAAGUCAUGUUUUAAAUAUUCAAAAUAAAAAACUACUGAGAUCAAGUAAUUGUUAAUGGCUGAAAAAAAAAAAGGUCAACAAAUAAUCUAAUAAUAGGGCUAAUAAUUAAUUUGUUCCCUUGAAAUACUGAUUAUCAAAUAGUUCAUAAAUAGUUUACUAAUAUCUGGUUGUUUCAUUAUUGUUACAACCUUGCUUCCUUGAUCGUCACAAAUGUUACGAUGUAACAAACUUCCCCAGUAGACGCAUUUACUGCUUGGCAAUUUUAUAGGCCCUUAGUCGUCUAAGACGACAACUGUAUACUAAAGUUUGCUUAACUUGCCUGUCACACCUGGUCCACAAAUAAGAACAAACAACAGCAUCCAAUGAAGAUAACAAUAACAAUUCUUUAUUUACAGGAUCCAAUCACAGCAACUGUCAGUUUACAACAUUCAAUGAAGAUAACAUUUGCCUAUCAUGCAAGCUAACUGCAAACUUUCUCUCACUCUCUGAUCUCUUCUCAACUCUUAUCUUUUCUUGACUAUCACGAUCUAUUAACACACUGCCUUUUAUAUCUCUACACAACAAACACUCCGCGUACCGUAAAGCUCAACACCACAAACCAAAUUCACGAUCUGACCUCACGACUUACAACUCACAAUAACACUCUCACGAUUAACAACUCCCCCUACCAAAUGUUUACAACAAUAUAGUUCACAACAAUUAUUAUUCGCCGUUUCCAUUAGCCUUAAAAUAAUCAACCAGUUUCCUCAUUGUCACAUGGAAAAGUCCAAUCCUUAAAUGAACUGGACUUUCUUGAUAGUGCUACUUCUACCAAACACAAUUAGGUCUUUGGAAACAUAACAUUUUUGGUGCAAAUUUAUUCCAGGUGGAAGAGGUCCCUGACCCGAUACGAGUAUUUGAAUUCCUUACCUUAGAAGAUGAAACUGAGAUCACAAGGAAGGACAUUCUCAGCUUGCCCCACGAAGCACUUCAGAAGAUUGCAGACAUCUUCAACAGUGCCUACAAAGAUAUUGACAGAUAUGCAGACAAAGAAAAAUCAGAAAACAAUGAAGACAAUAUCAAACGUUAUCGACAUGAAGAGUUUUAGUUUUUUAAAAUACAUCAUUGUGUACUUAAUGCAGGGUGCUGUCAAGGAUCUGCUUCAGCUUUCGUAGCUGUCAUCUCUGUUGUGUAAAAUAGGAACAAAGUUUUGGUAGGCACCAAAGGAUUUUGUAAUAACUCGGCUAUGGAAGGUUUUUGAAUGGUCAAAAAAAGAACUGAAAGAGAAUGAGAUUGUGAUAUAAAUGUAGCAUGACAUUUAGACUGUUGCAAUAUUAUGAGUUCAAAGUUUGAGGUAAAAUAUUAUUUUAUAACUAAAUCUUGACACUAAAAAUCUAUUUUGUAAAUUUCCUUUUAGAAAUUCUUGUCAUAAUCUUUCUUUUUCCAUUUCUAUUUUACAUUUUACAAUGAUUAAUCAACAACAAAAAAUUAAAGUUUAACUUCUUCUACAAAAAUAUAUUCAAUAACUGAUAGAUCUAUACAAAAUGGAUUAAUAAACUAUCAAGAAUUUUAAAACUGUUUUUUAAAUAACACUUUAUCAUUAACAUAUUCACAUUACUAAUCAUUUUAAUAUGCCCCCAAUUUUAAUAAUUCUGCAUUCAUUUUACUUUGCAUUUCUUCCAUUUUUUUGUGUAUUUAAAGAGGUAAUGUUUUUGUUUGUAUCCAAAGAGGUAAUGUUUUUGUUUGUAUCCAAAGAGGUAAUGUUUUUGUUUGUAUCCAAAGAGGUUAUGUUUUUGUUUGUAUCCAAAGAGGUAAUGUUUUUGUUUGUAUCCAAAGAGGUAAUGUUUUUGUUUGUAUCCAAAGAGGUAAUGUUUUUGUUUGUAUCCAAAGAGGGAAUGUUUUUGUUUGUAUCCAAAGAGGUUAUGUCUUUGUUCAUUGUUACUGUAUGUUGUUACAUACAAUGUAUGUUCAUUGUUACUGUAUGUUCAUUGUUGCUGUAUGUUCAUAGUUACCGUAUGGGUAUAAGUGUCUUUAUUGUAUAUGCAACAAAUCUAAUGAAUGACCAUUUAUGUAUAAGCGCCCUGCUGUCUGUCAGCAAUGCCUUAUUGAUUGUCAUAAAAUUAUGUAGUAUAUACAAAAGAUUAAAUAAUUUGAUCUGCUGAUUUGUUUCAAAGCUCAAAUAAAAAAAUUAGCUUAUAGCCCACAACUGUUUUUAAAGUUCAAAUCAACAAUUGGCUUAUAGCCCACAACUGUUUCAAAGUCCAAAUCAACAAUUAACUUAUAGCCCACAACUGUUUCAAAGUCCAAAUCAAGAGUUAGCUUAUAGCCCACAACUGUUUCAAAGUCUAAAUCAACAAUUAACUUAUAGCCCACAACUGUUUCAAAGUCCAAAUCAACAAUUAACUUAUAGCCCACAACUGUUUUUAAAGUUCAAAUCAACAAUUGGCUUAUAACCCACAACUGUUUCAAAGUCCAAAUCAACAAUUAGCUUAUAGCCCACAACUGUUUCAAAGUCCAAAUCAACAAUUAGCUUAUAGCCCACAACUGUUUCAAAGUC